CCAUGGAGGUCGCUGUGCUAAGGAAACUAGAGGCCGAAUCAGAGCGGCAUUCAGCACACGUUGACCUGCUGGACUGGUACAUUGUGGACGAGGAGCUGAUCCUGGUGCUGGAGAGACCGAUGCCGGCCGUAGACCUCUCCAACUACAUUGAAUCCAAAGGAGGCCACUUGAAAGAAAAGGAAGCUAAGGUUAUAAUUAAGCAGUUGGUGAGUGUAGCCAUUGACCUGCAGGAGAAACACAUUUUCCACCGGGACAUCAAGCCGGAAAAUCUCCUUAUUGAGACCUGCAUGAAGGCGCCGCGAGUUCGCGUCAUCGACUUCGGUCUGAGCUGCUUCGCCGAAGAAGACGACGCCUUUGACACCUUUUAUGGUACUCACAUCCCCCCAGAGUGGUCCAGUCGGGAGGAGUACAAAGCGGGACCCUCGACAGUAUACCAGAUCGGAAUGGUCCUGUUCUUCAUGCGACACAAGGCGGCAUCUACACCGGAGAUGACCUUUCAGGAGCUGAAUGAGACCAGUUGGCUUUCCAAAGAUGGCAAAGAUUUCUUUGAGGCGUCCUUAUGUGCGGACCCGGAUAUUCGUUUCACUCUGUACCAGCUGAAGCAUCACCCGUGGCUGAGAUAGCAUCACACACACAAACACACACACACGUCUUCAUUUAUUUAUUCCUCAUACGUCUGCCAAUCAAUUUUUACCCGCUGUCAUCGUAACACCAGCCGCGCAGAUCAGCUGGUCCACUCUAUUCAAUAAGCACAAGGAAACAAUGAUAUGGUUAGCCUA